AUGAAAAAUAUUUUAAUUUUUCUCAUACAUUUCUCAAUUAUUUCUAAUUUAAAAGAAUGUUUAACAAUUUCCAGUCAUUUAUCGCACAGAAGACCCUCAAAUAUCUCUUGUUUUGUCACAUUUUAUAACCUGUACAAUAACACAAAUCAAGUUGGUUUUUUGAAAAAUAAAUCGCAUAAAAUUGGAUUAAAUGACUCUAAUUCCUAUAGAGACCAAACUGUUCACUUAAAAGAUGAAAGAAUCCUGGUAGAAUCCCAUAAACCUCCCUUAAACGUGACUGACUCCAGCCCUAAUUCUCCCGGUCCACCAGCUGGAUCAACAAACGCAGUUUUAAAAUCUAUAGUUGAUAAAGGAUCAAUAAAAAGUAGUCCUAUAAGGCAUGAAAUAUUAGAUAAGGAGUCCCUGUUAGAUGAGUUGAUAGUUUACAAUGAUGAUGUGAAGGGUGUGUUUGAGUUUUCAGGAGACAAGAACCUAAAUUUUCUAUCAGACGAUUUCUCAGUGUUUAGAAAAACAGUUGACAAGAAGGAGCAGGUAAUAAGUCCAUCCGAUAAGCUUUUAAAGAGACGCUCUAAGGACACAAUUUACACUCGACUCCAGAACUACGUUAAGUCCUCUGAAACUUACCUGGCUAGACUAGGCGUUUUGGAAGAGAUCAAGAGCUUUGUUCACCUGUUACACUGGAAUGUAUGGCAUUCCCAGCCACGUGAUGGCAUUAGGGAGUGUAAUUGGACCUCAGACCAAUUCCUACGAUUCGGGAAACUAAUUGAGAAAAUCGAUCAAAUAGUGAAGGAACAGUUUAAUUCUAUGGUUGAGACUAUCACAAACACCGAUGAUGAUAUGCUAUCAGAACUAUUUGGUGAAAGGUCAAAAUUAUUAUACUCGACACACUAUGUAUACAAUAAGAUUAAGGACACGGUAGAACUGGGCGAAUUUGAUAUCUACAGAGCACGAAUGACUAAUUUCCACUUUUUAAAAUAUAAGCUCUUUUCCAUAUUGAAGAAGAUUGUGGAUCCAAUUCUAUCAGACUUCAUACAAUACGGCAUAAUAAACCCAGCUAGGCAAAGAUUUCUAUCACUUAAAUAUUCGUUUAUCAGGUUCAAAAAGGGAGUUAUGAGAAUCCUAACUAAGGUUAAAUCUUUUAUAAAAAUUUCUAAACCUCCAAACUCAGAUGAGCAAAUUAGUGAAUCAGGACUUGAUAAUGUAGAGAUAAACAAACUAAAGAAUGAAGAAUCGGUGAAAUAUGAGAAGAUUGAACUGAGCCAUUUGCUAAAGCAUUUAAGUCAUUCUUACAUUUCACCCCAAAGCUUAAAGAAUGUUCACGAAAUCGGGAGGAAGCAGCUUUACAAAUUUAAGAAUACCGGCGAUUGGAUUAUCCACUUCGUAGGGUCUGGAUCCAGACAGCCAACAUCUACAAGACUAACUUCCACCAUGGCUUUUCAAAGGAUUUCUGAUCCACAGUCAAACAUGCCUAACAAAAAUAUGAACUCAGCUCAAAAUGUUAAAACAAGAUCAACUUACAGAAGAAAUCUGGCCAAUAGUAUGAUAUGGCUGUUUGAUUGUGGAGAAGGUACUAAAAAUGGACUUGAAAGCAUUGGCUUAGACCCUUUGAAUGUUGAUCGUAUUUUUUUAACACAUUUGCAUGGCGAUCAUUGUUACGGCGUGUUUUCAUUUUUGUAUUUAAGGGAACGAGAAAAACCUCUGGAAAUCUAUGGCCCACCCGGCUCCAGGAAACUGAUCAACUCAAUACACCAAAACACCUCAGCAAUGUCAAAUAAUCACAACCUGUUCAUAGUACACGAACUUAUUCCCACACAACCUCCAACUAUCAAUUCUACUAAUACUCUCAACACUAUUAAUACUAUUAACUCGACUAAUACUCUCAACUCUAAUACUCUUAACACUGGCAACUCGGUUAACAAUGUGAAUGGUGGAGCAAAUGUGGUUGGGGAUAUAUAUAUAAAUAAAGACGGGUAUUAUAAAGUGUACGAAGAUAACGAUAUUGAGGUUUUGGCGGCUGGAUUGGAGCAUACAAUGCCGACGGUGGGUUACGUGAUACAACAAAAGGAGAAAUCAGGUCAAAGAAAUCAAAAGGUUAAGAAAAUAGCCAUAUGCCAAGACACUUCAGAGAGUAGUAAGAUGAAGAAAAUAGCAAAUGACGCAGACCUGUUAAUACACGAGGCAACAUUAAGUUCAUCCACCUCACUGGUUAGUGGGAUUUUACUCGACCUUUUUAAGGAAAAUUUUGGAUUAAUACUGCCUUACGGCUCUAUUCAAGGCCUUUGCAAGUUCCUUUCCAACAUUGAAACUAAGCUCUGUUGCUUUAACUUUACGCUUUCCGCUGUUUCGUCAUUCGUUAAGUGUGAACGCUACUAUCUCCUUCAGAAACUUAGCAUUUUCAAGAAUUUCAUCUCAAAUUUGAAUCCAUACAGAACUCCAGAUUUUACCACCAAUUCCAAUUCCAAUUCCAAUUCCAAUUCCAAUUCCAAUACUAAUAACAAUAAGGAUACAAAUAAUUUAGGUAACAAUUCCGUGAACAAGACCAAGAGGGAGAUAGAUAAGGAACUGAAGGAUACAUGGUUAAAUAAGGUGUUUGUGUUUAUGGAUAGACUUAACGCCUUGAAUGAGCUUAGCAACUAUGAGAACUAUGUGAAGAGACUGCAAAAUAGGUGCAACCUCAUGGAAAAACUAUCCAAGGUCAUGCCUUCACUGGAUCUUCUCAAAGUGAUUGAAACCUCCUCCAAGAAAAUUUUAUUCUCGGAUAUUGUACCUGAUUUCAACGCAAUUAACAGAGCCUACGAAAAGUUCGACAUCACUAACCUUUACAAUGAAAAGUACACCGUGAACGUUCUCAAGUAUCUGAACACGAUUUCAAAUGAUAUUUUCAACUAUUGGAAUGACAUCUUGCAGCUUAACAUACCAUUCGAUGCUUCCCAAAGUUAUUUUAAUUGGACUGCUCUUCAUAAUAGUAUAAUUGCCAGUUUUGGGCAUUCAACGCCUGAUAUGGCAGGCCGGUUUGCCGGUGAAAUUAAAGCCAAAAAACUCAUUCUAACACAUUUCUCCAACAGAUAUCCUGGUGACGAGAAGCUCCAGAACCUGUUAACGAUGAUAAGGAUAGAAAACGAAGCUAGGUCUGGGUACCAAAAGAGUGGCAGUAAAAGAAUACCAAUCAUUGCCGCGUGGGAUAAAAUGAAAAUUAGGGUAUAAAUAAUAUGGUACACAAAAU